AUGGCCCUCACCCUACAGCCCCUCGUGAGUCUUGCCGAUGGCAGAUAUCACCCAGACUUCCCGUUGACAUUGCUCAACUUCUGGGUGCUCACUUCUGAGCAACUUGAUGACAUGGCGCAUUUUUACCAUCAGAGUACCCCUGGCGACUUCACAUCUUCAUAUCCGUGCCCCGUGGAGUGGAGGAGGGAUGCGGCGUUGGAAGAUAAGCGGCGGAAGAUAGGGAGGUUUAUUGGCCUCAGGGGAUGUGAGACGCCGAUUAGGGAGCAAAGUGAGGAGGAGAUUAGAGAGGAGAUGAGAAGGGCGGCAUGGAUGGAGGACGAGGAGUUAAUGUUUCGGAGGAAGUUCGGGCCUGGGAGGCUUUGA